UUGGUCCACUCAUACAUACAUGGACUAUGCGCUUUGAAUCAAAGCAUUCUUAUUUUAAAAGGUGCAUCAGGGCAAGCAAAAACUUCAUAAAUGUAACAAAGUCUCUGGCUGAUCGACACCAGUUGUUUCAGGCUUAUCAGUCUACUGGUACUUUGUUUGGGCCCCAGGUUCAUGUCUCGGACUCUACACGGUUCUACCCAGAGCUCUAUCAGCAGAACAUAAAGACAGUGGUUGAAGAAUUUGAUUUGAACUCAAGUAACUCAGUUGUCACAGAGAAGGUCCAGGUUAAAGGCACUACAUAUGCAAAUGGUAUGCUUGUCUUACUGAGAUAUACCAAAGGACAACUACAGUUAGGACAAAUAGCAAGCAUUUUUGUAAAAAAUGAAACUACUGUCCUACUUUUGCUUCGAGGGAAAACUGCCAGCUGGAUACCUGAGCUUGGACUCUAUGGAGUUCAUGAAAAAGAUUCUGACCAGUUCACCUGCCGUAAUCUGAGCACACUUGAUGAUUAUUAUCCACUUUCUUCUUACCAGAGAGGUGCAAGGUGGCUGAUUCCACUUAAACACACACCAACAUGGAAUUUGUAAAAGAUGUAGUUAAGAAAGCCAUGCCAUCACUCGGUAGCGACCAGAUGGAUGCCCUCAUGGCUAGACUGGAGGAAUUAGGAGUUCUAUCGGUAGAUGACCUGGCCCUUGUGGAUGCUGUGGAGAUUAAAGACACUCUGCCACUCAUUCAGUGCAAACGAUUCGUCAGAGCUAUCCAAGGUUUACAAGAAGAUUCACAAGCUGCACCACAGUUCACAAGCCCUGGACGCUCUACACCUGGACACUCUACACCUGGACGCUCUACACCUGGACGCUCUACACCUGGACGCUCUACACCUGGACGCUCUACACCUGGCCCCUCUUCACCUGGCCCCUCUUCACCUGGCCCCUCUUCACCUGGAUGCUCAUCUACACCUCAGCGAAAGCAUUUUCAUCUGCCCCCAACAUCACUUGAAACGGCAGACUCCCCAACCCAUGAGACUUAUUCUGUACCAUGGCACAAAAUUUCCUCUAAAGUCAUGGAUUACCUGCAUAAAAAGAAGCACAUAAUGGGGAAACACAGGAGAGAAAUAGUUCGCAUAAUUGCUGAUGAUUACCUCCAUAAACACCCUGGAAGACCUGGUAGACAAAAGCUGAGGGAAAUCGCAAGUAUGAUUGUAGGGCAAUAUCCUGCCUCCUUCAAGCUGACAGAGCCAUUUGGAAAUAAACCAUUUGCAAAAGAUGGUUCAGAAACUCUCUUUCGCCAGCUGGAACACAGAGUUGAAAAUAUGGCAAGGCCACAGGGCUCACAGAAGACACGAGCAGCAGAUGAAGGUCCAACAAAGAGAAAGUCCAGAAGUUCAGCGCGGUAUGGAUGUGUGGAGUGGGAUCCUGUCAUUGAGGAGACAGUGUCGAGGGAAGACCUGCUGUCUAAACAAGAAGAAUUGAAACGUGCCUUCGAAACCAGUGAUCUUCAGGAGUCAUCGGUUCGAAAAUUGAUGAGUGAGACAUAUCCCCUCCAGCGUGAAACCAUCAACAAUGAAACAGAUGUUCGUGUCAUGAAGGACGAGUGGCCGUUCCUGUUUGAUGUUCCGUACCUUUUUGACCAUGCAUCCAAACUCCUUGGCUUCUCCGUACAAGACAAGCUGGCACAGGAACUUUCCAAAAAGGAAAAGGGCAUUACUGACUUCCUUGACUCAAAAGGAAUGAAGACUGGUGAAGGUCCAAUACAGCUGGUCUGUGGCAUUGCAAAAUACUUCAAGGAAGACCCUGAACAACUUUUCACCAAGAAAGAGCAGAUUUCAACAGAUCCUGAAGUAGACGGAGUCCCAUUGACCCCAUGCAUUCUAGACAGAGAUAACCAGAGAUUCAAGAUUGCUGUGGAUCGGGAAGUUGUCAACGACCAUAUCACAUCCCCCGUUGUGGCCCUGAGCUAUGUCUUCUCCAUGUUUUACGUCUACAACGUGAGAUAUCCAGAGAAGAUGGCUCUUACCCUGGAGUUUAUGCAAAGGAUUUUCUUUGGGAUCAAUCCUGAGCGAGGCUCCAAGGCUGAGGUGACCGGGAAGAAACAGACCGGCAUUCCUCCAAAGGUGUCCAGGCUGGUGACUCAGCUUAAGGAGUUCGAAUGCAAGCAGAAGGAAUCUGAAUGGGCGAUUUGAGCUUUUUUCGAAGCGCAAAACAGAACUUUGUGGACUGAAAGUAACACACACAUGCAUACACAAUAUUUGUUUGAAUAGGUGAAUCCAAAAAAAUGGAGUUCUGAAGUAAAACAGUCUUUUACCAUAAUAUAAAUGUUCUUUUACAUGACUGUCCUCAAUAUUGAUUGCACUUGAACCUCUAGAGCUCACCACACACUUUGUGAGUCGAGAGGGUGACUUUCUUCUUCUGCAGGGUCAUUAUUUUGUGAAUACUGUAUGUCCUAAACAAAUCAGUUGUGUCCCUAAGUUCAGUGGAGGGACUUGGGUGAGGAGAUUGAUCUUUGCCACAGCAGGGUUUAAAAUUGGGCUGAGUUUGUCAAUGUGGAGAAUGGGGAGUGGGGAGUUGUAGGACAGUUUCUGCGUCUCCCCAGGGGGGGCUUCUCAUUUUGCACGUGACAGGUGAGCCGACAUCAACAGUGGCAAAUGGUGAUGGUGCCAGGGAUGGCCCGUUGUUUUUUUUGUUUUUUGUUGUCCCCGAGUCAGUCAUUCGAUUUUUGAAACCAUAGUGAGUCCCAAUCAGAUACUUGAAAAUAUAAAUAUGAAGUAUUUGAAUGAAUAUGAAGUAUUUGAUAUUUUCAAGCAUCAAGUAUUUAUGUCAAGUAUUUGAUAUUUUCUGUAAUAAAGAUACAGGAAGUUUUUCUGUAAAUUUAAACUUUAAGAAGUACUUUUUAAAGUACUUUUGAAGAAAUAACUAAUAUAAAUUUGAUUACACUGAACCAUAAUAAAAAUGUAGGAAAUGUUAACAUUUAGGUCCAAAUUCUGUAAAUAACUAAAUAUUAUAUCUGAAUAUAUGUAUAUUUUACAGAAAAUUUAAAGGUUUGAUUGAGGACGAACUUGGAGCCAUGUGAUUGAAUCAGGACAUCCCUAGUGGGAUGUUUGUGAAGGCGCUCAAUAGUCCGGAAAAUAUUUUCCAUUGUGAAAAAGUUUUAAAUAAGGCAACUGAACAUAAUGACAAUGCUUGAUAAACUUCAAAGUGGGAGCUCCAUUAUUUUCUAUUGUAUUUUAUGUUUUUGUGCAAAUGUCUCCAUUCAGUUUGUAUGAUAUACAGGUGGUGGAGGGGUUAUGUAAAAAUAAGCACAGCAUAAAUUCUAUGGGUUCCAAUCCCCCAUGUUCAAGUGGAGGGAAGUUGAGUGAUAUUUGUCACUGCUAAACAACUGGUAGAACUGAGUCUGUCAGUGUGGAAUGUGGAGUUGGAGGGGUAGAUUUCUACUUCCUCCUGGAGGGGGUUCCUCAUUUUCCACUGAGAGGCAAACCAGCAACAGCAAUGGCAAAUGCAGUGUUUUAUCGUUUUCCUGAAAUGUCUUUAACUAUGGACGAUUGGCACCAUAACCUCAAUUUCAUGGAUAUGUAUUGCUGCACUAAUGUUUUAUAGAAAACUUGUUGCACUUUUUUUUUUUUUUUAAUAGAGAAGUUGUAUGUUGUUGGAACGUUAAUGUUUAUGUUUAUUUAAGAAAUUGGAGUAAAUACAUACAACUGUUUGAACAAAACAAAAUAAAUAACUGUUCUCUUUCAA